AUGAAGCGCAACGGAGACGGUAGCCGAGCCUCUGCAAGGGAUGUGCUGCGCACCGCGCGUUUGCAUGUGCAGCAGCUGGGUGCCACGCUUGCCCUAAGUGAGGCCGCCGCGGAUUUGGUCGUCUUCCACCGCGGCAGUCCAUCCCUCCUAGAGGCUGCACACGUGAAGUUCAAGACGGUGGUUCGUCCAGACUACCUUGCCGCAUGCGUCGCUGCCGAUCAACGCGUGAGCAUAGCCCCCUACGUUGUCAGCGCGACGGCAGCCACGUGCACCACCCCAGCACACAAGUCUGCAGGAACCUCCUCCUCUGCUGUCCCUUCAUCUCAUACCUCGGCCACCUCGCCGGGAGGUGCUCGUAGGUCAGCUGGACGAGGUGCAGCUGCCGCCCCCUCGUGUGCAACGCGUAGCCCGCCGAAGUGCGGAGCCCAAACGAGCGCACCAGCCGAAGACCCUACAACCCCUCCCCUGCUUCACCGCAUACCUCACCUUGACGACGAUGAGGAUGGCGGCAAGGCAGACCGCCAGCAGCAACAGCAGGGCGGGCUCGCAACUCUUGCAAGGGUGGUAACGGCGAGCGAAGAGGGCUCGACCGCCAUCACCGCUGCUUCCCCCUCCGCUCUCUCAGCUCCCCACGUCGCGCUCAGCACCCCCACCAACAGCGGCGCCACGAAGCCGCAUCAUCAUCUCGUUGACGCUCUGAACAGCCAAGCGAAUGCCGUACGCUACGCGUCUGGACAACUCCAAAGUAACGGUGCAGGCAGCCAGCAAAGAAGGGGUGCAGCCCGUGCGAGGGGAGGCGCGCACCAGGAUAGCACGACAGCGUUCGAACUGGACGAGGAUUUUACCCAGCAGCCGAGCACCGACACCGCCUCUACGCCGCGGCUCACCCCGUCUUCUCGAUACGAAGUCGGCGGCUGCGGAAGCCAAGGCGUGAGUGCCGUGGCACUGGCCAGCAGCAGCAGCAGCAGCGGCGGAAACAAACGCGUUGCUGCCGCAGUGGAGAGGUGGAAGGCGGAUACGGAGGAGGAGGAGGAGGAGGAGGAAGCGAUUCGCCACGCGGUGCUGCGCUCAACGGCGACGGCCGCCGUGACUCAGCGACGGGGGCGACGGCACCAACAAGCCGGCUCAACUCCCAAGGCGGCUUACACGGUGUCGUUUCUAGCGGACAGUGUGGCCGGCGACCGAAGCGCGACGGCAAAGCGCAGCCGAGACCCUUUCUUGAACUCGGAAGGCAGCUCGCAACAUCAGCUGCUGCCACGAGCAGCGCCAGCGCCGUCCCCGCGUGCGUUAAGUGAUGUGGGCGUGGCUGACACCGAGUCCCUUGCCGCCUCCCCCUUUACGGCCGCCAUCGCUGCCGCACAGCCGCAGACAUCCUCAGCAGCCCCCGCGGCGCCUACCCGAAGGACUUCGAAGCAACCUCGCAGCCGCAGCAGCAGCAGCGGUGCGGAGGAGCCGGCGCAUCGCACCCACGCAAUGCCAUCUGACAAACCGCAAAGUAAUCGCCAGAGACGAAGAAAGCAAGAAGAUGCGGGGUACGCUGCAGUCCAUGAAGAGGCGCGUAAGUCAUUGAAGCCAGAGCAGCAGCAGCAGCAGCAGCCGCGCCAACUUUGUGCGCGACGACGCCGUCGCGUCCAAAGCCAAGGUCGGGCUGAGGUCCUAUCGGAUCUCGAGUGUACUCCCGCCGCGGAGCUCCCCCUCUCCAUGACCUUCACGGACCUCACUCUCCUCCGUCCACUGGCCUCAGAGGACGAGAAAGCGGGAGUGCCGGUGGCUGGGCUGUGCGUGCUCGUAUUCCUCGAUGGCCUCGCAGACGUCGAUGCAGCGGCAGCGCCGCUCUCAUCGUUCCUGCGCGACGUUGUGGAGCAGCUGGGUGCUACCUGUGUCGUCCUCGGCGGCGAGGACGACGACAGCGGAGGUCGUUCGUGCUGGUAUGGUCGACACAAAUACACUCACGCGGAACGGACGCGGCGGAUUGCGAAGAAGCCGACGCACCUCGUCGUGAGCCCACACGCCGUUCUCACGCCGCACAUUUUGUACUGCAAGGCGCUGGGCAUCCCGAUUGUGACGCCGCAGUGGCUCUACGACGCGAUAGCGCUGGGGGCGUUUCCAGCCGUCUUGCCGCACGUUCAUGCCCACCCCGUGUACGGUGAUCGGCAGGUAGCGGACGCGGCGGUGGCGGCCGCCGCUCCGGUCACCGCUGCCGGUGUCCCUCGUCGCGACAAGCUCCUUGGCGCCGAGGAGGACGAUGGAGAUGCGGUGGAGGAAAAGGCGGCGCGGGCUGGCGUAAAAACGGGAACGCGGUGUCUGCCACGUUGGGGCGGGUCCGCCACGUUGCGACAGCUCCGUAAAGAGGUGGCGGAUGAGUACGUGCCGGCUGGCGAGCAGGCGAUGCGGCCGUUCUACGUGCCUAUCUUUCAAGACCGCAUGUUCUACCUCCACGUUCCCCCGGUGGACCUGGCGAAUGCCAAUGCAACCGGCGGUGGCACCGGGCCGCUACGUUCAAGUCGAGCAAGCCGCAACGGUCGCAGUGGGAACUAUCUGGGAGACGCGACGGCCGCCUUGGCGCAGGUGAAGGAGCUUCUGCGCGUUCUUGGCGGUACGGUGACGCGUAACGUGGGGAGCACCUACCUUGACCUUGUGAUCGACCUGACCGGCUUUUACGAUAACAUGGUGGGGCUGGGGCCGACAGCAAGAGAGCAGCAGUCGCAGCAGCAGGAGGACCGCGCGCUCCGCGAGUCUCUCAGCUGUGCCUUUCAGGACGCCUUGCAGCGCGUCUCUCUGCGGCCUGUUUCCAUGGACACCAGUGCUGCCUCGACAGCGUCUCAGACGGCUCCGCCGGUUGUGGGGAUCGCGUGGUUCAUCCAUUCGAUUCUCACGCGUCAGUGGACGGCAACGGACCCGUUUGCACUGAUUGACCACCCUCUCGCUAUUCAGGUUGCGAACAUGCACCCGUGCGCGCAGGUCGACGGCACUGUGGCCGCCGGUGCAACAGUGCCUCACGAACAUCCAACGGGGAGCGGGGCCGUCGCAGCACCGGUAGUCGAGGAUGCUUUUGUCGCUGCGGGUGCGCCAGGUGCCAUGGACGCACCAUACGCACACGCCCCAUCAGCGCCGCCGUCUCACGUGGAGUUCGCCGAGUCGCUGAACAGCUCUGUCUGGUCAGCCGUGGUGGCAGCAGCCGCUUCUCCGCACCUCAAGCACACGCGAGGUCCGCAAGCCGCACUGAAGCAUGCGAGUCAUCAGCUCGACACACAGGAGAUAGCGGCAAUGCUGAGCGACGCGCAGCUGCAGUCUCUCAGUGCGCUUGACGCAGCCACCCCGUUCAUACGAGAACCUGCGCAUCCACCGCAGCAGUCCACCACGGCUCCGCUCUGCGUGGAGGAGGAAGAUGGCCUGGACUUUGCGCGCAUACAGUACAGCGAUGGCCAUUAUGAUGCCGUCGUGUGA